AUGACAUCAAUGAAAAUUAUUGACAAAAUCAAUCAAAAGAAAGAAAGCAAUGUACCAUUUUAUUCAUUCGAGUAUUUCCCACCAAAGACAAUGGAAGGUGUACAAAAUCUUUAUGAUCGUUUAGGUAGAAUGUUAUUAUUUGAACCAUUAUUCAUUGAUAUUACAUGGGGUGCAGGUGGUUCUACAUCAGCUUUAACAUUAGAAAUUGCAGAGAAAGCACAAAAUGUAUGUGGUUUAGAAACUAUGAUGCAUCUUACCUGCACCAAUAUGCCAGUUAACGAAAUUAUUUAUGCAUUAGAUAAAGCUAAAGCUACCGGUAUUAGAAAUAUUUUAGCACUUCGUGGUGAUCCUCCAAGAGGUGAAGAAUGGAAAAAGAUUGAAGGUGGUUUUGGUUAUGCUUGUGAUUUAGUUAAAUUCAUUCGUGAACGUUAUGGUGAUUACUUUGGUAUUUGCGUUGCCGGUUACCCAGAAGGUCAUAGUGAUUGCACAUCAUUCGAAGACGAUAUCACCCACUUAAAAGCUAAAGUUGAUGCUGGUGCAGAUUUAAUUAUUACUCAAUUAUUCUACGAUGUUGAUGUCUUUUGUGAUUUUGUAAAGAAAUGUCGUGAAGUAGGUAUCAAUUGUCCAAUUAUUCCAGGUAUUAUGCCAAUUCAAACUUAUGCUGGUUUCGUUCGUAUGACCACCCUCUCAAAAACUAAAGUUCCACAAUACAUUAUGGAUAAUUUAGAACCAAUCAAAGAUAAUGAUGAAGAAGUUAAGAAAUAUGGUGUUCGUUUAUGCGUCGAAAUGUCAAAAAGACUUUUAGAAUUUGGCGUUGAAGGUCUCCACUUUUACACAUUAAAUUUAGAAAGAAGCGUUAGAAAAGUACUCAAAGGCCUCGAAUUAGUCACCCCAGAUCAACUCUCACCAUACCUUCCAUGGGCUCAAUCUGCUGCUGGUAAUCGUCUCAAAGAAGAAGUUCGUCCAAUUUUCUGGCAAAAUCGUCCAAGAUCAUAUAUUGCUCGUACUGGUUCAUGGGAUGAGUUUCCAAAUGGCCGUUGGGGUGAUUACAGAUCACCAGCAUUUGGUGACCUCAGUGAUUACCAUUUAGGUGGUGUUGCUGUUAGUACCAGCGAUGUUGUCUCCACUGCAACCACCAAUAUCUAUGGUGAUUCACAUUCAACAGAACAAGAUAUCUACAACGUUUUCGCUAGUUAUUGUGAAGGUAAAAUUAAAAAACUCCCAUGGAAUGACACUCCACUCUCUUUAGAGUCUGAAAACAUUAAAGAUCAACUUGUUUUCUUAAAUAAAAAUGGUUUCCUCACUAUCAAUUCACAACCAGCAAUCAAUGGUGUACCAUCAACCGAUAAACAACAUGGUUGGGGUGGUAAAAACGGUUUCAUCUACAAAAAAGCUUACAUUGAAUUCUUUACUUCACCAGAAAAUGCACAAAAACUUAUCGAAUACAUCAAGAAAUGUCCAAUGAUCACUUAUCACGCCGUCAAUCGUAAAGGAGAUCAAAAAACAAAUACUAAAGGUACCAACGCUGUUACUUGGGGUAUUUUCCCAGGUAAAGAAAUCAUUCAACCAACAGUUGUCGAUCAUAACUCAUUCAUGGUUUGGAAAGAUGAAGCUUUUGCUCUCUGGGAAACUCAAUGGGCAAAUAAUUAUGAAAAGGAUUCAAAGAGCAGAGAAAUUUUAGACAAAAUGAUCGAUUCAUAUUAUUUAUUCAAUAUUGUAGAUAAUAAUUUCAUUAGUGGUAACAUCUUUUCACCAUUCAGCGAUUUAGUUAACAACCUUUCCUCACCAACUCUUAAUGGUUUAUCAUUAAAUAAUAAUUAA